AUGCCAUACUCAGCCUAUCGCAAACUAUCAAUUGAACAAAAGGAGGCGGUACCUGCAGUAACCAAUGAGACGCCAAAAACGCCAACAAUACCAAUAGUGGCCACCACUAUUGCAUCCACCACUAGCCUUCGCUCAGAUAAAGUAGCCCGAGCAUGGCGUAGACAACAACAACAGCGACCACGUAGUAUGUUUGAAAGCACACAGGAACAGAGGUACGUAUCUUCUCGCUACCUUAAUCUAAUAGUGAUCUGCGUGGAUAUUUCAUUAUAGUU